AUGGGACAGAACGCGAGCCAUCUGCAAAGUGCGCGUGAUGAAGCACCGCAAUCCAAAGGCAGCGGUCUGGCUUCCGAGUUGUCCUUCGUGGAUGUCCGGCCUGCUGCAGAGGAACAAGGCCCAGGAGACGAGCAGCGGGAAAGUGGCCCAGAAAGCCAAAAGAGAAUCCCAGACAAGUUCCAGCGCUUAGCGAUGCUUGGGCAUCUGGAAGUGGACACCGAGAUCGCUCGAGGCCUCUCUUUGCGAGAGUCUCUCAGGCAGGGUGGGCGGCUGUGGCUGACUGCUCCUGGCGAUUUGAGCGACAAGUCCCGUGCAGAACUUUGGAGCCGAUCACGGCCGGUGCAACAUUUCGACAUGUUCAUUUCCCACACCUGGAAGACUUCCGGGAAGUGGAAGCUCCUGUCGCUGUUGUUUCAUUCAGGCUCGCAGAAAGUACUUGUGAUCUGGUUCACUACAGUGAUUGCAGUGUUAUCGCUCACAAUUCUUGGAGUUCUGCCUGCACCUUGGCGGAUCGAGGCCCAUGCAAUGGAAUUCAAGGCCAUGUGUCCCGUAGGACCAUGGAUAGAACUUGCAAGUUUUGUUGCCACCUUUGCUGGCUUCAUAGCAUCACCGUACCUCCCCAGUAUGCCGCGGCCGCGUGACACCUGCUUUUUGGAUGUAGCUAGCAUCCAUCAGACG